AACGUAUGGAUGGAGAGGUUCAUACCGUUCAGCUUAGUGGAGGCUCCUGCGAUGAAAUACCUUCUGCAAAGUAUUGAUUUAUCUCAUCGGCCAAUCAUUGCUAGUUUGCAUCUUAACGAGUUUAACAAGCAAUUGAGGCGUGCCUUGCGAAAUUCUUUCAACUUCAAUAUUAUACUAGACAUCUGGACGCCUUCGAGCCAAUAACGUUUCUUAGCGUUCAUGAUAACAUUCGGCCCUAACUUGAAGAAGAAGUCGAAAUUGAAGAGACGACGUGGUCGCUUUUAAAUCGAGAUACACAUGUACUGCAUUCCUUGGACAUAAGCGAUUAAAGGGUCAAAGGCGAAAAUCUUAAGAGUUCGCCAUUGGCAUGUCUGACCAGACGUUCCAUCAGUCAUAAACUUUGGACAAAGAGUCAAAUGAUCUUUCAAUGUUUGAGAAAAUCGACGAGCCUCUUGAUCUUGUGGAAUCCAGAAACAUCAUUAAAAUUGAGUUUUUGAAUCAUGUUUCGAACGGAGUCUUCGUUGACUCGUGCGAAGCGUUUGAGUUGAAUCACGGUGGCCUGCUUUCAAGAAUUGACAAGCUAUCAAACUAUACCAACAGCAAUGUCUCUAUUGGAAAAAAGCUUAGGGCUUAUCUUUUGUCCUCUUUACCGAAGUAUAAUCCUAUAGGGUUCCUUUCACGCUAUCGCCAGUUGGAGACCUUUUUAGAAGUUGAGAUACAGACGAAGAAUUUUUUAUCUCGAACAUUGGCUUCAGACGAAUACCCUUUGGUCCUCGAGCGAUAGCGCUACCUUUUGUUAACAGCAAAGAAGUAAAACAGCCCCUCUAGUUGUUUUUAUUCGCAUAGCGCGGAUCUUUGAUGAACUCACAUUUCUUCAUCAAGGUGCUUUUUAAACUCCGUUAAUAAUGGAAUCAACUUCUACAUGACAAUUAAUCGCUAUUACCAUGUCGCUGAGGCUGAAAAACGGUACAAUGGGACAACCAUGCCUUGCAAGCUUGCAGUUGAACCAACUGACUUACCCUCUGAGAUUAAACUAUACGAGAUACUCGAUGCCGUUGUGAGCUCACGUCCAAAAGUCGAGAGGUUUUUGAAUAUUGGCUAUACGGAAACUGGCUAUCGGGCUACUCACAUAUUGCAGUCUCUUCGGAAGCUAUACCGGCUCAACGCGGCUUUCGUUGAAUCUUUCCGAAACAGGAUUAAGAAAUUGACCGAGUGCUACGUGGUGAACUAUUGAAUAUGAUCUGCUGAGGAUGCAGAUAACACCUUAGCGAGGGAAUGAGGCUGCCCCCGAUAAGCGUUGAAUGCCACCUCAAUAAUUUCGGUCCACUACGGGCAGCAGACAAGAGUAGCCGCAGCCACUGCAGUCUCGAGGGAAUGGGAACUUUACUUAAAUGAGCCAUCUGAGAAAAGCGCUACAUAAUUGGGCUACUGGCUCAAAUACAUGAGUCGGUCCCCUGCACUCUUCUUGGCACUUUCUUUACGAUUCAAAAUUAUCGACUGCUGAGGUUUAAGGGUGUUUUUCAGUCAACAAGAGAGCCCUGGAUAAGUCGAAACGCUCUGGAUUU